AUACAACAGCAUUCUAGAAGUCUGUGCAGACGCUACAGUAUAUCACAGUUGUCUAGUCUAGCAAGGACUCUACGUAGUUAGUUAGUUACUAACAGAGAGUAGUACUUGUCUCUAUUUGUGCAUUGCUAUAGCUAGCAACGCAGGCCUUUACCAGGAAGAUGCUUCAGAAUGACUGAAUUCUCAGCACCACUUCCUGUAUUGUGGGCUUCAGGAAACAAGGAAUGACGCAGUUGCAGUGGAAAGUCCUCGCUGACGUGAGAGUCCUACUACAUGUACACGUGACGUAGACUACCAUGCAUCCGGUAACAAGAAGUCAGAGCUGGUACUAAAGCCCAGGCGUCAGAACGUAUUUUACUGGAGAAGUCUAACUGCGGAGCUUCUGCGACGUGUCCGGCUGUUUCGAAUACUGGUCGUGAGAGUAGGACAUCUAAUUCGAUUCGAAUACACUGGCCGGAUGGCGAACAACAGAAAUGCAAGAAGAACACUCCUUUCUGCAAUAGCGUUUCUUUCUUUGUUCUCCACUAUCAAUGCUCAGUUUAACGACGGGUCGACCGCAGUAAGAGGACCUUGUAGCUUGGCUAACGUCGACGGUGAUUGUGGGGAGCAAGGUAAGCAAUAUGGCGACGUGGUCAUAGGUGGUCUCUUUCCUGUUCACAAAGCGGAGAGAGACGAACAAGGAAUGGUCAAAUGCAAAGACACGGUUAGGACAAUGAAUGAAUACGGAUUCGAACGCUUGGAGGCAAUGCGUUAUGCAGUACUCAAAGCCAACCAAAAUAGAAUUCUAGGAGACAUCAAGAUCGGAUACGAAAUGAGAGACACGUGUCAGGACAGUCGCUACGCUUUGCGUCAAUCGAUUUCGUUUUUGAAUAUUGCCUCGUCGAGCCAGCGCAAUUAUCGUUUUACUGUGGGCGUUGUCGGGGCAUCGUCCAGUGGCAUCUCUAGCGAUGUGACCGAUUUUCUUAAUUUGUUCGGAGUCCCACUGGUUAGCUAUGCGUCGACAUCUGCCAAGCUGAGCGAUUUCAACCGUUAUCCGUCGUUUUUUCGAACCCUGCCCCCGGACAGAUUCCAAGCCAGAGCAAUGGUAGAUAUUGUGCGAAAGUUGGGAUGGCGUUAUGUUUACACAGUAUCGUCAAGUGGCACCUAUGGUUACGAAGGUAUUCGAUCGUUUAUGGAAGCUGCCAGAGCAGCUAAGAUCGAUAUUGGUAAACACCUGGAACUGCCUAGAGGAACGGGAGAUGUAAGAAGGGCUCGUGAAGUUGUUCAGAUGGCAGUUCGAAGAAGUCUGAGCAAUUUACCAAGCACUGAUCCACUCCGUCGAGGCAAUCUGAUGGUUAUAUUUGCUCAGCUAGACGUCGCGAAAAACGUGAUGGCUGCAAUUGCAAGCACAGCCGAAUUAAAAAAUCGGAAAUUUACGUUCGUCGUUUCGGACUCGGCAGGCGACAAGGUGGAGGUCGUGUACGAUCCGCACGAAAACAUUAGUAAUCUUGCUGUAGCCCAGGGAAUGUUGUCGGUCAUACCUGAAUUGGCUAACGUGGAAGAACUGGAAGGCCACACAAGGAGUCUAAAUCCGCACAACUACACUCCAGCCGAGAAUACGUGGUUUGCACAGUAUUGGGAAAAACGGUUUGGCUGUAACCCACUUGUCGGGACAACUUCGUCAGUCGCCGAAUGUCGGAGAAAUAAUUUGUUGGCAAAGGGUACUUUGGACAGCAAAGUCGGUUAUGUGAUUGAUGCCGUCAAUGUUUUUGUGUACGCAUUGAGGGACCUCUUGAAGGACAAAUGCGAAGGCAGAGUCGAGAUGUGCGACAACGCGAGUUUGUGUUUCAAAGAAGCGAAGUUCUGCUCGAGCGAAUUCAGACGAUACAUCAAGAACGUGCACUUCGACGCUCAAUCGGGGGUAGAAUUCCGGUUUGAGAAUGGUGACUUCGUCCAGGCUAAAUACGACAUCAAAAAUCUUCACGUCAAUGAAGAGGGAGAACCACCCGAAAACAUCGAGUUCGUAUCUGUUGGGACGUGGCAGCUGGGAGACCCCGGUCAGGACCCUCUACAAUUGAAUGGCGAAAAUUUAGUGUGGAUAACAGGCGAUACAGGUGUACAAAACGCGCCUGUGGCUAAUUGUAGCGAUGAAUGUACCCUUGGAGAGUACAAGGAGCGAAUAAAGAUUGGAAAGAGCCGAGACUAUGCUUAUACGUGUUGGAAGUGUAGGAAUUGCGGCAAACGUCAUCACUAUAUCUCAUACAAAACUGAUCAGUAUGGAGAGUGUAAACGCUGUCCGUCGGAUUCUACAAGCAAUAGCCUUCAUACUGGUUGUAUCAAACUGGAGGUAGAGUAUCUCAAAUAUGGAAAUCACUUUGCAAAUUUUCUUGUAUUUCUUGCUGUCGUUGGAAUCGCUCUGAUUACGACAACUUUGGUUGUGUUGUUUGCUAGAUGGGAUACGCCUGUUGUCAAGGCAUCGAGCAGAGAGCUGAGCAUUCUUCUUCUGUCCGGGUUACUGCUCUGUUUCUUGUUGGCGUUUGCUUUCAUCGGGGAGCCGACCGAUGUAACUUGUGGCAUACGAAGAGUUGGUCCUGGUAUCUUUGUGUCCAUGGUGUUCGGCUCCCUUCUCAUUAAAACGAACCGAAUUUCACGUCUGUUCAACAGAAAAGUCACAAUGGAACGUCCGGUCUUUAUCAGUCCAUUGAGUCAACUCGUGUUCACUGCCAUUAUUGUCCUUGUAUCGUGUGUUAUUGCUGCAGUGCGGUUGUUGCUUUCGCCUCCCGAAACCGAAACGCAGAUCGAGCCAAAUGUUAGAGUCACACGCAUGUGCCUAAACUUAGUUGAUUGGGGUCUUCUCGUCAGUUGGCUCUGGACUCUGGCUCUGAUCGUUGCGUGCACGUAUUAUGGAUUCAUAACGCGCAAGAUUCCGGAGAACUUUCGUGAGACGCUGUUUAUCAACUUCGCAAUAUAUUCCGAAUUCAUUCUCUGGCUUGCUUUCAUCCCGUUUGGAUUCGUCGAUCUUGAUCAUCAGAACAUUACUGCCCUCACUUCUCUUGCUACUAUGCUUAGCGCUUUUCCAAUUUGGGGAUUUUUGUUUGUCCCAAAGCUGUACAUCGUUGUUUUAAGGCCAGAGAGAAAUAAACGUCAAACAACGCAUCAGACGUCUCGACCGUCACCGAGCAAUACACACGACACUGACCGCAGUGCGACCACAGCUAUGCAGGAAGGGAAUAGUAGGGUAUGACAAUAGAGUUGGUGAUUAAUUGGUUAUAGUAGUGACUGAUAUUUUGUAAUAACGUAAACUCAAGCGAAACUGCGUAGCCUUAAUCGUAUCACUGCAUGGUCAUAAAAUGCUGUCUAGUUAUUAAGAUCUGAUGUAUCAUGCUUGCGGGUAUUUGACUGUGAAA